AUGCAGUGGCGACCAGCUCGCUUCCCCUACAGGCGUGGCAGCAAAGAACGCAUACAGACGGCUGUCUUUGCCUCCACAGAGCACAAACAGCAGCAACAGUCCCGCCAACUGUUGGCUAUAGCUGUCGCUGGCCCCUCGACUGCAGCAGACGCCCCCGCACAAACAGCAGCCGAAGCAGCAGCAGCAGCGCCUUCCGCUGCCUCCCUCCACGAGGAACAUGUGGCUCUUCUAGAGGCACUACGGGGGCUGCUGGAGGAGGCCGACCGCCUCAUUUGCUGCCAGUUCCCCUCCAAUUCGUCCGCUGCUGCGGUUCGGGAGAAGCAGCAUCAGCUGACGGAUCGCUAUCACGCGUUGAAACGGCAAUUCAAGUCUCUCCAGGUGUCAGGACACCUCACAGGGCCGAGUGCUGAGGUCUUCGACGUCUGCGCGGCAUUCGGCGAAAAUGGGCGGCUCGAUCCCCUCCCGCUGGCCAUAGGCUUGCGCUGUGGUGGUUUGCUGCUGCUUGGAGGAAGCGACGGUAGGAUGGUUGGCUGCAGAAGAAUGCAUGCACGCCUCAGCGGCUGCCGCGACGCCUUAGACAACGAAGACGCACUCACUUCUGCGCUGCGGCCAGAACCGUUGUAUAUAUCUGCUGCAGCAGCCACUGCUGCAGCGCAAAUUGCGAAUUCUGGAAGGAAAGACGAUCACGGCAGUAGAGCAUCUGUGAUCCUUGAGCCACCUCAUCUUGACAGCAAGCCCUCCUUUCAGUGCCUCCUCUCCGUUGACGCUGCUGGCUGCUGCUGCCUCUCUCUGAACGGGCUGCUACCGCUCCUUACACUGCAGCUGGAUCAGCUGCUGCCAAGAGGUUCAACAGAAGUAUCCCAGCCUCACGUCGCGCAGCCCUCUGUUUGCAUGCAACCGCAGUUGCAGCAGCACAAAACGCUGCUGCAUGCGGAGGCUUCCCCAGCGAAGCGAAGACGUCCAUCAACCCCACCCACACCGAGGGAUGCCACGCGUCUUUACCGCGACGCCCGAGAUCCAGUGGGCAAACAUGCAGCAGCAGCAAGAGUUCCGUUGCGAUUGAUGCUGCAGCAGCGGCAGUUGAUAGUUCGAGCAGCCACCAUGAGCAGCUCCUGUGACUCUCUCGCUGUACUUCUGAUCAAAGCCUCUCCUGCUGCUGACGCUGCUGCAGCUGCUGCAGCUGCUGGUAAGAGCCUUUGUGCUUAUCCUAGUCAUCUUCAGGCGCUUUCGAAUGCAGGAGGCGGCAGAAGAUGCCUUGCGCGAAAGGAAAGCUCCCACACUUCUCCAGCCGCUGCAGCGGCUUUCAAAGCCAACACUGAUACAACCGCAACUGCCAAAGUGAUAUCACACCAGCCGUCGACGAGGCAGCAGCAACAGCUGCAGCAGGAAAAUGGAUUCCUGGCACUUGUCUCAAUCCCAUGGUUACCAGGACUGUUGCGGAACGUUGCUGCUGCACUCCACCUGAUGGAGGCAGCAGAAGCAGACACGAGCUUUGCGAUUGCAGCACUGCAGCAGGCAAAGGGUGUGUGGGCAGCAGCAGCAGCAGCUGCUGCUGCUGCCGAAUCGUCAGACUCCAUGGAAUCACCAAAUGGAGACUGCUGUGAACCAGAGGUAGAGCAUGCAGCUCCUGCUACUGCUGCUGCUCGUUUUUCAUCAUGCUCCCCCGCUUCAGCAGCAGACAAAGCAGCUUCAACUUUUCCUGGUAUACCUGCCUCCUUGGCUUUCGUGGCAUCGGCAGCUGUCUGCGCAGACAGCUGCCGCUCGUGCGUACAGCCGCAGAAGAUUCGCAGCUUGCUUGCUUGCUUGCGCUGUUGCUCGCAGUCGGAGCAGCUCAGUGCGGCGAGUAUGAUUUUGCAAGAUUCGGUGCAUGCAGCUACCUCGCGAGCGCAGCUGCUGGCAGCAGGCGCAGCAGCAGCGGCUGCUGCUGCAGCGGCUGCUCUUGCAGCCUCCUCGUCUGCCGGAGAUGCUGCAGCAGCCGGUCGUUCGUGUGUUCGUUGUUGGCACUUGCUCAGACGGCAAAUGAGCAGCGGCUUUCGCCACGAUGCAAACGCAGACUCGAUGGCUGUUGCACUGAAAAUGCCUGGACUCUCCGCUGCCGCCCCUGCCCAGCUGAUGCCAGCAUCUGCUGCUGCUCUCGCCGAUAUAGCGGCUACGGGUAUUUCUGCAGUAAUUAACACCUGGCAGUUGGCCUUUUCCCCUGAAAAAGGCACAAACAGUGGCUCAAGUUCUCCCGCUGAGGAGUGCGUCCUCACCGCAUCUUUUUCUGAUGUUCAUGACGUUGCUUCCCUAAGCGUCAAGGAGGUGUGUGUGGCAGCCGUAUGCGGGGAAGAUCCAGUUUUGCUGCUGCAUGCGUUUGUGUCUGCUGCUGCAGAGAAAGGCCGCCCUGACGUCUCGCGCACUGGGUCGGUUUUGUUUUGUUUUGCUAAAGGAGCCCACAUGAUGCUUGCUGCUUAA